UGACUCCACUUGCGCUCGCAGCCUGUUCCCUGCCUAUCCGCUCUCCGUACUCACACACACCCCGGCGUCCACACGCACUCUCCUCUCUCUGUCUUGUCACACUCGGUCCUGUGCAGACUUGAGGAGAUGAUGCUGGCACUGAUUCCCUUCUUUUCUCUCCUGAAGAAGGGAAAACUAGUCUGAGAGAGAUGUUGAUGCAACAGUACCUCUUUCCCUCUGCCUGCCUCCUGCCAAGCUCCAGCUCAUAUUAGGUGGAUUUAAGCGACAGAGAGAGUUGUGGUGUACUGGAUCUUCCGCUUCUCCUUUUUCAUCGUCCCACCUCAAAGGAUGCUCAGAUCCCUGCAGGAUCAGGAAUAUCACUUCUGGAACUGUCAUCGGGCUCGCUGCCCCGGCAUCGUUGCAGUCUGAGGCGGCCCGGUCCCCUGAAGGAAAGCAGAAGCAUGUCAGAGGCACCUGUGAUGCUGAAGGAAAUGAGCCGAAUGUGUGCCGUUCUGCAGGACUCGAGCCUCUGAACCAGAUUGAGAUUAUCUUGGAAGAAAUCUGUUGGAUCCUUUGAGUUGCUUUCUCAUGGUUUUCUAACUUUGAUCACUUGGAUCCAACCAAUAGCCUGGUUCCAAUUGAAGAUCACACAAGGCAUUGGCGAUGUUAUCAAGGAAGCGAUGACUUUGGUUUGGAUCCACUAAGCACCUAAAGGUGAUUAGAAAAAUCCCCAGGUCCCUGUCAGGUACUCCAAAUCAGCACUCUGAGAUGACCCAGGAACAGUGCUCUCAUAGGAACAAUGUCCAGAGUUCAGAGAAACCACAAGUGUACAAAGUGGGAAUAUACGGCUGGAGGAAACGCUGCCUUUACUUCUUCGUUCUGCUGCUAAUGAUCCUGAUCCUGAUCAACCUGGCAUUAACUAUUUGGAUCCUCAAGGUCAUGAACUUCACCAUCGACGGCAUGGGCAACCUGAGAAUAACAGAAAAGGGCGUGAAACUGGAGGGAGACUCUGAGUUCCUCCAACCUCUCUAUGCCAAAGAAAUCCGGUCCAGUCCAGGCCGCCCGCUGUUCCUACAGUCGUCCAGAAACGUCUCGGUCAACAUCGUGAACAGCAACAACCAGCUGCUCACGCAGCUCGUCACAGGUAGGACUCAGCAGGAGCCACACCCACUGAGUUCAUGGAGCUCAUUGAUGUUUCAGAGGCCAGAUUCCAUCAAUAUCAACACCACAUACACCAGACCCGAUCUGUCCAUCUCACUUCUCUUCACAGUAAUAACUGUAUUUCAUUUACUCCCAUCUUGCACACAGAAAUUCUGAUUUCUUAAAAUGGAACAUUUAAUUGGAUCCUUUGAGAA